GUCCCCGGUGGCUCUGCUGUGGGCUCGGAGGCGCAGCGAUCUGCACGCGUGGUGCAAGUUUAGGCAGUUCCCGGGAAGACGUAGAAACCCAGGAAUGGACUCAGUGACAUUUGAGGAUGUGGCUGUGAACUUUAGCCUAGAGGAGUGGGCUUUGCUGGAUUCUUUACAGAAGAAACUCUACAGAGAUGUGAUGCGGGAAACCUUCAGGAACCUGACCUCCAUAGGGGAAAAAUGGGAAGAUCAUGACAUUGAAGAUCAGUACAAAAGCCAGGGGAGACAAUGUGGAAGUCAAAUGGUAGAGAGAAUCUGCGAAAGGAAAGAGGGUAGUCAAUGUGGAGAAAACUUCAACCUUAUUCCAAGUCUCAGCCUGAAGAAAACUCUUCCCGGAGUAAAACCAUGGGAAUACAGUGUAUGUGGGGAUGUCUUCAUACAUCAUUCAUCCCAUAAUAGGGACAUCAGCUGUCACACUGGACACAAGCCCUCUGAGUAUCAGAAAUAUGGAGAGAAACCUUAUAAAUGUAGUGUAUGUGGCAGAGCCUUCACUUAUAUUCAAUUUUUUGAAAAGCAUGGAAGAAAUCACAAUGGAGAGGAACUAUAUAAAUGCGAAGAAUGUGGAAAAGCCUUCAUGUGGCUCAAAAGCCCUCAAAGAGACAUGAUCACAUAUACUGCAGAUGCUCCUUUUAAAUCUAAGGUGUAUGCAAAAAACUUUAGUUCUUCAGCUUCUCUUCAAACAUGUGAGAGAACCCACACUCUGGGGAAACCCUAUCAAUGUAAACUCUGUGGAAAAGCCUUUCGAUAUUAUAAAAGUUUUCAAAGACAUGAAAGGAAUCACCCUGGAGAGAAACCCUAUGAAUGUAAAAAGUGUAGUAAAGCAUUCAGGUACCCCAGUCAUCUUCAAAUACACGAAAGAACUCACACUGAAGAGAAGCCCUAUGAAUGUAAGGAGUGUGGAAAGACCUUCAGAUCUUACAGUUCCUUACAACCACACGAAAUGACUCACACAGGAGAGAAACCCUAUGAAUGUAAGGAAUGUGGGAAAGCAUUCAGAUAUUACAGUUCCUUACAAAUACAUGAAAGAUCUCACACUGGAGAGAAACCCUAUGAGUGUAAAAAAUGUAGCAAAGCAUUCAGUGCUCCCAGUUGUCUUAGAAAACAUGAAAGAAUUCACAGUGCAGAGAAACCCUACAAAUGUAAGGAAUGUGGGAAAGCCUUCAGAUUUUACAGUUCCUUACAAACGCAUGAAAGGACUCACACAGGAGAGAAACCCUAUGAAUGUAAGCAAUGUGGAAAGGCCUUGAGAUACUACAGUUCCUUACAAAUACAUGAAAGGAUACAUACAGGAGAGAAGCCCUAUGAAUGUAAGGAAUGUGGAAAUGCAUUCAGAUGUAACAGUUUCUUAAAAAUACACAAAAAAUCUCACACUGGAGAGAAACCCUAUGAAUGUGAAAAGUGUAGUAAAGUAUUCAGUACUCCUAGUAAUCUUCGAAUACAUGAAAGAACUCAUACUGCAGAGAAACCCUAUAAAUGUACAGAGUGUGGGAAAGCCUUCAGAUAUUAUCGUUCCUUACAAACACACGAGAGGACUCACACCGGAGAGAAGCCCUAUGAAUGUAAACAUUGUGGGAAAGCCUUCAUCUGUCGCACCACCAUUCAAAGACACAUGAAAGUGCACACUGGAAAUACACCUUAUCAAUGUAAGGAAUGUGGAAAAGCUUUCACUUGCCUUAGUUUGUAUCAAAGACACGAAAGAACUCACACUGGAGAGAAACCCUAUGAAUGUAAACAGUGUGGAAAAGCCUACAGAGAUCACAGUUCUUUACAAAGACAUGAAAGGACUCACACUGGAGAGAAACCCUAUGAAUGUAAGGAAUGUGGGAAAGCCUUCAUUUGUAACAAAAUUUUUCGAAUACACAUGAUGAGAGUGCACACUGCAGAAAAACCGUAUAAAUGUGAAGAAUGUGGGAAAGCCUUUAGUCAUCCUUAUUCCUUUCGAAGGCAUGAAAGAACUCACUGGAUAAAACCUCUUGAAUGUAAAUAGUGUGGGAAAGACUUCAGUUGGCCCACAUCUUUACAACUCCCCUGGAAAAGAAAUACAAAUGUAAAUAACAUGAAAGGGAUUGAUAUAAAUCAAGUUAGUUAUAAUGUUCUAGAAAACUUUCAAGAUUAAGGAGUUGUCAUUAAAGUAGUAAACGCAUUAUGUUUACUAGUUUUUUGUUGUUUUUUUUUAGUACAUAAUUGGGAUUUCUGCUACAGUAGAUCCUUUGGAAAUUCAGGAGUUAGGGGAACCCAUUUUCCACACAGUUGAAAAUUUGUGUGAAACUUAAGCCAGCCCUUUGCAUAAAUGAAUACCAAGCCAAGAACUGAAAAUACAGUCGACCCUUGAACAGCCCACAUUUGAA